GCUCAACUCCCCAGCAACUAAAAUGGCGCGAAACAUACAUUCUUUACCGGGAAAUGUUCCGGCACUUCGCGUCGUUUUUGUUGCAUUCAUAUUCCUCCCUCUCCGUUUAGUCACCGCCGGCGGCCAACAACAACAACACAACUACUUCGCCGCCCUCCACAACAGCAUUCUCUUCUUCGAGGGCCAACGUUCCGGCCGCCUCCCUCCCGAUCAACGAGUCCAAUGGCGCCGUGACUCCGGACUGCACGACGGAGCCACCGCAGGCGUGGAUUUAACCGGCGGUUACUACGACGCUGGGGACAACGUGAAGUUUGGUUUCCCAAUGGCGUUCACGACAACGAUGUUAUCAUGGAGCAUUAUCGAUUUCGGGAGGAACAUGGGGCCGGAGUUGAAGAACGCCGUUAAAGCCGUUAAAUGGGCGACUGAUUAUUUACUGAAAGCGACGGCGGUUCCUGGCGUCGUUUAUGUUCAGGUAGGCGAUCCGUACAGUGAUCAUAACUGUUGGGAGAGGCCAGAGGACAUGGAUACUCUGCGUACGGCGUACAAGAUCGACGCGCACCAUCCAGGCUCUGACGUGGCAGGCGAAACGGCCGCGGCAUUGGCCGCUGCGUCCAUUGUGUUCAGAUCACGUGACCCGCAGUACUCAAGGCUGCUGCUCAAUCGCGCAGUUAAGGUGUUCGAGUUCGCUGACAAGUACCGGGGAGCUUACAGCAACAGUCUGUACCAUGCAGUGUGCCCUUUUUACUGCGACGUGAACGGUUACCAGGACGAGUUGCUUUGGGGAGCAGCUUGGCUGCACAAGGCCUCACGAAGGCGCGAAUACAGAGAGUAUAUAUUCAAAAACGAAGUCGUUUUACGUGCUGGAGAUACCAUCAACGAGUUUGGUUGGGAUAACAAGCAUGCUGGGAUUAACGUCCUCAUUUCCAAGGAAGUGCUUAUGGGAAAAGCUGACUAUUUUGAGUCUUUCAAGCAAAAUGCUGAUGGGUUUAUCUGUUCUGUAUUGCCUGGAGUUUCUCACCCACAAGUCCAAUACUCUCCCGGUGGCUUGAUCUUCAAGGCUGGAGGAAGUAACAUGCAACAUGUAACGUCACUGUCUUUCCUACUUUUGGUUUAUUCUAAUUAUCUUAGUCACGCCAACAAGAUCGUGCCAUGUGGCGAGACAUCUGCCUCCCCUGCUCUCCUCAAACACUUGGCGAAACAUCAGGUGGACUACAUACUUGGAGACAAUCCUUUGAGAAUGUCGUACAUGGUUGGUUAUGGUGCACGUUACCCACAGCGGAUCCACCACCGGGGCAGCUCGUUACCGUCAGUUCAGACCCAUCCGGCCCACAUAGGUUGCAAGGCGGGGUCGCGCUAUUUCCUAAGCCCGAAUCCAAACCCUAAUCUGUUGGUGGGGGCUGUCGUUGGUGGGCCAAAUGUGACCGAUGCUUUUCCAGAUUCCAGGCCCUAUUUUCAAGAGUCAGAGCCCACGACUUACAUCAAUGCACCACUCGUGGGCCUACUCGCAUUCUUUUCGGCCCAUCCUUGAUGUAAAAAG